CGUCAAGUUAUUGCAGAAGCGCUGGGUUGAGACAUCCUAAAUCUUAAAAAAGAUGUCGGUGUCUGGGUCUCCGUCUAAUAUUAAGCAACCGGCGGCCAUUCCUAAAUAUAUUCGAUUCCUCUUCGGAGGAACGGCUGGGAUGGCAGCAACUUUAUUUGUCCAACCACUUGACCUUAUUAAGAACCGCAUGCAAUUAAGUGGAGAAGGAGGCAAAGCCAGAGAUCACAAAAGUAGUUUUCAUGCAAUUAGGUCAAUAGUAAAACAAGAAGGUCUCUUUGGUCUCUAUUCUGGAUUAUCUGCUGGACUUCUCCGACAAGCUUCCUAUACCACAGUACGAAUGGGAGUGUAUUCUACUCUUUUUGAGAAAAUCUCUAAAGAUGGGAAACCACCAAAUUUCUUUAUGAAAGCAGGAAUUGGAAUGACGGCUGGGGCAGUUGGUGCAUUUUUUGGGACACCUGCAGAAAUUUCUUUAAUUCGUAUGACAGCAGAUGGUCGUCUACCUAUAGCUGAAAGGCGAGGUUACAAGAAUGUUUUUGAUGCACUGAUUAGAAUAACAAGAGAAGAAGGAGUGUUAACCUUAUGGCGUGGUUGUAUUCCUACAAUAGGUCGGGCUAUGGUUGUUAAUGCUGCCCAGUUAGCAUCCUAUUCACAAGCCAAACAAUUUAUUUUAUCAACAAGUUAUUUUGUAGACAACAUUUUAUGCCAUUUUGUUGCCAGCAUGAUUAGUGGUCUUGUUACUACUGCAGCAUCCAUGCCAGUCGAUAUUGCCAAAACAAGAAUUCAGAAUAUGAAGAUAAUUGAUGGAAAACCUGAGUAUCGUGGUGCAUUGGAUGUCUUAACAAAAGUUAUAAGGAAUGAAGGUUUGUUCAGUCUUUGGAAAGGAUUUACUCCAUAUUAUGCUCGUCUUGGUCCACAUACGGUGCUAACUUUCAUCUUCUUGGAGCAAAUGAAUAAAUAUUACCGGGUAUACAUUCUUGGGGAUGAGUCAUCAGGAGGUGGAGGACUGUGAAAAAGAAUCAGAUUCAGUAUUUUACCAUAAGUGAAGUUAUCAGCAUGUUGCAGAACUCUGAUUGGAAGAAUAAUGUAUGGCAUAUUAUUGGAUCUAAGUAAACUAAGGGUAUUUUGACACAUUUUUUUAUAAUAUUCUCCUAGCAUUCCACAAAAUAGCACAUAUUUUAUGGAAAAUGAGCAUUUAUGCUGCAUAAAUAUAGUCAAAUUUAAAUAAAUCUGACCAUAGUCUGGUCACUUUGUGUAUGGGUGUAGGUUUUUGUACUGUUUGAUGAUGAAUAAAUAUGUUUUUAGACAAAAUAAAAUAGAUAAUUAGAAAGUAUUCACAUGUAAAGUCAAUUAGGUAUUUAUGGUUGUAAGAAGCCAGCUAAUAUCCCUUAAAGAAGAAUGUUAUCAGAUGGUGAACAUGAUGUGUAGUAAGGGAAAUAACUGAACUUUAUACGUGUACUCUGAAUAUACUCGUAACUAAAUCUUUUAAGUGCAAUGCUUAUUUGGAACUGUAAGCUAUACUGUAUUCAACUCAUAAAUUAAGGCUUAUAGUCGCACCAGUUACAUCCAGUCGUUUCAUGACACAAAUCAAUAACAUUAGCUAUAUCCAAUCAGGUUUUGAGUAGAAUUAACAAAUGGCUCUCAGGGUCAGCUAAAACCAAGGUUCCCAGGUAUUGUGAAUUACCAAGUUUGUCCCUGAAGAAGAAAGGUCCACUUUUUGAAAGUUCUUGGGCUAUAGACUUAUAUUUUUGUAUCAAAUUGAUUUAUUGAACCCAUGUGUGUUUUUAAGAUCAUUAUUGCCAAGCAUUAUGGUAUUUUCAGCAAAGCUUUGAAUCAAUAGUUUUGUUUUGAGUUUACUUACUGAUUAUAAGUAUUAGUUUAUUACAACUUACAGCUUUAACUGUAAGAAACAAUAUUUUUUAGAACAGGUACAAUGUAUCAUUCACUAGUUCAAUCAUUCUUGAGUAAACGAAGUUUACCGUUAAAAUUUGUGUACUUGAGAAUGAUUGCACCAGUGAUCGAAACAUUGUGCCUGUUCUGAAAAAUAUUCUUCCUUACUGUAAAAGUUGUAACUUGUAAUAAAAUAGCUUUGAAUCUUGUAGAAUUUUGUAGCUUUACAACUGUAUGCUUGAUCUUGAUCUCCCAUGAGUUUAGAACUGGAUUUUUAAAAUGACAUUCCCUUUAAAAUGUAACUGAGGAACAAUAUUCUUAAAUAGGAACUUGCAGAUAUACUGUAGCUUUCUAUGGUAUGUCUAUUUUUAAAAUAGAUGUAAAAUAUUAAAGCUGGUUUGAAGAUGAAUUAAAAAGGAUAUUACUAACAGAUUCCAA